AUGAAGUCCAAUCCUGCCAUCCAGGCCGCCAUCGACCUGACAGCGGGCGCGGUAGGGGGCACGGCCUGUGUCCUGACCGGGCAGCCUUUCGACACAGUGAAAGUGAAGAUGCAGACGUUCCCUGGCCUGUACAAGGGUCUCGCCGACUGCUGCCUGCAAACGUACUCCCAGGUGGGCCUGCGGGGCUUCUACAAGGGAACCGGCCCUGCGCUGAUGGCCUACGUCGCCGAGAACUCUGUCCUCUUCAUGUGCUACGGCUUCUGCCAAGAGCUCGUGAGGAAAGUGGUUGGACUGGACAGGCAGGCGAAGCUGAGUGAUCUGCAGAGGGCCACUGCGGGGUCCUUCGCCUCCGCCUUUGCUGCACUGGCCCUGUGCCCCACUGAGCUUGUAAAGUGCCGACUACAGACCAUGUACGAAAUGGAGAGGUCGGGGAAAAUAGCAAAAAGCCACAAUACAAUCUGGUCCGUCGUGAAAGGUAUCCUCAGAAAGGAAGGCCCGUUGGGCUUCUACCAAGGACUCUCCAGCACUCUCCUUCAAGAAGUUCCAGGCUAUUUCUUCUUCUUCGGGGGCUAUGAACUGAGUAGAUCGUUUUUUGCCUCAGGCAGAUCAAAAGAUGAACUAGGCCCUGUCCCCUUGAUGUUAAGUGGUGGAAUUGCUGGAAUUUGUCUUUGGCUUGUCAUCUACCCAGUGGAUUGUAUCAAAUCCAGAAUUCAGGUUCUUUCCAUGUCUGGAAAACAGGCUGGGUUUCUGGGAACUCUUGUAAGUAUUGUGAAAAAUGAAGGAAUAGCAGCAUUAUAUUCUGGACUGACCGCUACUAUGAUUAGAGCGCUCCCUGCCAAUGGGUCACUAUUUCUGGCUUAUGAAUAUAGCAGGAGAAUGAUGAUGAGCCAGAUUGAGGCAUACUGA